AUGUUCAAGAAGAAUGUUGAUGCAAAAGCUCUACAACGUUUGUCAGGCGCUGACAAAAAGAAGCUGAGAAGAACCGCCAAGCAAAGGUUUCCGCAAGCAUCUGAUGAUGAUCUGGAUGCCAUUCUUCCUCCAAAGGUUGAGAUAACAGUCGCUAAGUACCCAAGCCGGACUCUUGUUUAUGGCAUAGAGGGCGAACUGCCAAUGCUAUUCGACAUUGAUGGAAGAGGCCAUGAGCUGUUUCCAACAGUUUAUGCACUCUGGAAGGUUCCUUAUCUGUUGCCAGCUUUUACACUUAAGGGUGGUGAAGUUUCACACUUCAUUCUUGGUGGCGCCGAUCUUAUGUUUCCUGGUAUCAGCGUACCUCCAGAAGGAUUACCUUCUUUCCAAGCUGGCCAGCCAUGGGCUUCUGCUGAUGGUCGUUAUGUUCCAAAUGAAGGAUUUUAUGAUGACAUGGUUAUUGAAGAUCCUAAUUUUGCUUCCGCUUCUCAACAUAUUGACUCUUCCGAAGAUCCUUCAGAAGGAAAGCAAGACAAAGCAGCUGUUGAUGUCUCGGAGUGUCUUACUGAAGAUCAUGCCAUUAACAGUGAAACCAUAGAGAAUGUAACAGCUGGCGUGAGCGAGUUAAAUUUGCCUCAAGAGAAAACCACCGAGGAACAGACCGAGGAGAAGGAACAUCAACAUUUGUCUACUGAAGAAAUUGACUCUCUCUUGGACAUAUGCCUUCUGCAAGCAUUACACACGAACAUAAAAGAUAAAGACCUCCCCAUGCCAGGAAGUAUAUUGUGGUCAAAUCACAUUCUCCCAUGCAGACCUCCAGGUGUUACCCUUGAUAUUAAGAAGUCAUCACAUAAAAAACUAUCCAAGUGGUUGCAGUCAAAAUCGUCUUCUGGCCUUAUCUCAGUGAAAGAGGACAAGCAUAAAAAGGAAGUCAUGUUGAUAAGUAUCAGUCGCAAACAUCCAGACUACACGGCCUUCAAACAUCAUAAGAGGGUACAGGAGCCAGUUGAACAGCAUGAUAACAUUGUUGCCGAUGGCAGCAGUACAAAGCAACUGGAAGUGGAUGAAAUUUAUAAGCCAAGUUCGCAUGUCAACCCCAUAUUUUUGGCUGUUGACGCUGACACAGGGAAGUAUUACAGUGCAUCAGAGGCGUCUGAUGUGGUUUUCAGGUAUGUGGAGAAGGAAAAUUUGGUCAAGCAAACAGAUAAGGCCAAAGUAAUUCUGGAUGCUACAUUAUGUGAUGCUCUGUACAAAGGGGCUGUGAAGAAGGGUUCAGCAUACCCAAGUGAGAUCCACAAGAAGGAUUUAGGGUCAACAUUUAUUAACCGUAUGCAAAUUCAUCAUAGAGUAGCUAGAGGAAAUGAGGUGGCCAUUCGUAAGGGCGCCAUACGCACUGUUCAAAUCAUGACAGAAAGAAGGCAAGGGAACAAGAAGAUGACCCGAGUCUCUGGAUUGGAAUGCUUUUUGCUGGAUGCUGACUCCUUGGCUUCUGAACUACAAAAGAAAUUUGCUUGCAGCACCACCACAGCUGAGCUUCCAGGUAUUAUUGCUUUGUACCCAACCCUUGUCCACCUGUUUCUUGAUAGGGAAAAAGUUUGUGAAGGUAAAAAGGGGCAACAUGAGGUCUUGAUUCAAGGCGGAGUCAUUGAAAACCUGGCAAAGCACCUCGUUGAACAUCACGGUGUUCCGAAGAGAUAUAUUGAGGUGACAGUGCCUCGACCGGCGGCCCCGCCGUGGGCCCUCCACCUCCUAGGAAUCAUCAACGCCGAGGUGCUGGACAAGGGUUUGGUGCCGCCCUUCUCAAGCUUUCUUCGCGCUAUUCUGGAGCAUUUUCAAGUACACACUCCACCUUCACCCCAACGCGGCCCUGGUCCUCCCUAUGUUUGCUCAUUUGGACGAGGCAUUCAUUGGGGUGAAGUCGUCGCUGAUGGGAACUGA